ACCGGAGCAGAGGAGCGCUGUUCAGUGCUGAGUGUGGACGGAUGAUGGUGAUGGAGGUGAUGGAGUUAUCAUGCUGAAACCGCAGAACUCGGACACUUUACACAGCUCUGGAUUCUCUUCACUGUAUCCACAUCAUGCUUUAUAUCAUCAAACUCUUCCUCAUCUUCAUCAUCUGCUUCAUUCUGUUGCUGGAGUGUGGAAAAGCCAAGAAACUCAAACCUGCAAACCUGGAAACUCACAGCAAACACACACCGCAUCUCCCCAAAAAGGUGGUCGAUGGAACCAAGACACGCACGGUGAAAACAAACCAAUUGCUGCAGGUGGAAGAUCAUGAUUUCACCAUGAGGCCGGCAUUUGCAGGUCCAGCGGUCCCUGUGGGGGUGGAUGUCCAGGUAGAGAGCUUGGACAGCAUCUCAGAAGUGGACAUGGACUUCACCAUGACCCUGUACCUGAGACACUACUGGAAGGAUGAGCGGCUGUCCUUCCCCAGCACAACCAACAAGAGCAUGACCUUUGAUGGGCGUCUAGUGAAGAAGAUCUGGGUCCCUGAUGUUUUCUUUGUUCACUCAAAACGCUCCUUCAUUCAUGAUACCACCACAGAUAACAUCAUGCUCAGGGUCUAUCCUGAUGGACAUGUUCUCUACAGUCUCAGGGUGACAGUAACUGCAGCGUGUAACAUGGACUUCAGUCGAUUUCCUCUCGACACACAAACCUGCACACUGGAGCUGGAGAGCUAUGCCUACACCGACGAAGACCUGAUGCUUUACUGGAAGAGCGGUGACGAGUCUCUCAGUAUAGACGACAAGAUCUCACUUUCUCAGUUCCUCAUUCAGAAGUUUCACACCACAUCCAGACUGGCCUUUUACAGCAGCACAGGUUGGUACAACCGUCUAUACAUCAACUUCACGCUGCGCCGUCACAUCUUCUUUUUCCUGCUGCAGACCUACUUUCCUGCUACUCUGAUGGUCAUGCUGUCCUGGGUGUCCUUCUGGAUCGAUCGCCGUGCUGUCCCUGCGAGAGUCUCUUUAGGCAUCACCACAGUGCUCACGAUGUCCACCAUUAUCACAGGAGUGAACGCCUCCAUGCCCCGAGUGUCCUACAUCAAAGCUGUAGACAUCUACCUGUGGGUCAGCUUCGUAUUCGUCUUCCUCUCUGUGCUGGAAUACGCUGCUGUCAACUACCUGACCACUGUGAAGGACGGGAAAGACAGAAAAUUCAGGGAAAAGACCAGAGAACAGGCCUUGCCAUGUACGUGUGGCCUGUCCCAAGGCAAGAGCAUGAUGGUGGACGGGACGUACAGCGAAGCGGACAGCAACAGCCUGGCGGGUUACAGCCGUGCGCCUGUGGGCACAGACGAGCCUCCUGAGAAGCACGAGCGCAUGGUGGUGCACCUCGCCAUCGACAAUGAGUCCACAGGCAACAAGAAAAAGGGUUUGCGCGGCUUUCGUAUCAUCCAUAGCACUCACGCUAUCGAUACGUACUCGCGCAUGAUAUUUCCUGGGGCCUACAUCUUCUUUAACCUCAUCUACUGGUCAGUCUACUGCUGAUUUGUCAUAGAUGGAACCAUCACUGUAGACAGUUUUGCAUCUUUUGGUGUGAGUGAGUGAGCUGGAGGCUAUGGUGAAUCAAGAAUGACUGAUUUCAGCCGGAAAUACCAUUUCGGUCCUGAAUAUCUGGAUGUACUUUACAUUACAGAGAAGCAAAGUGAUUUUGGAUCAACAUUUUUAAACUCUUGACAUGGUAAUAGGAUGUUAGUCUUCUCAGACAUCACCCAGUGCUGCACAGAUUCAGAUUGAUGUCGACAUGAGACACUCACUAAAAGCCAGAUAGCUAUUACAGACUCUCUGAGCUGCUGAGUGGGAUUUAAAUCAGCCUGGCUCGCCCUGGCUCGGUUAUUUUCUCAUCUAAAUAAAUGACAUCAUGCCAG